UGCUUCUUCUGCUGCUGCAGACGGUGCUCAUGAAGAGGAAGUGUCAGGAACACCUGGAGAAAUUAAUGGACACCACUAAUGAGCUUCAGAAGAAGAGCGCAGCCAUCGAAGAGCUGGAGAACAAACACUCUUCCAGUGAAGGAGUAUGACAAGAUGUCGUCCCAGAAAGACCAGGAGGAGAAACUCAUCGUAUCUGCUUGGUACAACAUGGGGAUGGCUCGGCAGAAGAAGGCGGCUGAGGAGCGUCUGGCCAGCACAGGUUCGGCUCAGUCCUUCCUGGCGCGUCAGAGACAGGCCACCAGCUCCCGCCGGUCGUAUCCAGGCCAUGUGCAGCCCACUGCAGCCAGGUAG